AAGUUGAGACAGAAACAGAGGGGAGGGCUGACACAGAGAAACACAUUUUCCCUUUGCCUUUUAGUUUUUCCUUAUUCAGUCCUGCUCCGAUCAACAGGAGGAAGAAAAAGGAGGGCAGAGAGGAGGCGGAGUUUUUCUUUUUCGAUGGAGCUGAGAGAGAGACAGAGUGACAGAGAGCAGUCAGACACUCAAUCUGUGGAAAUAUGAUGGAAGCCAGCGAUGUUUCCAAAGACACAGGCAUGACAAGCCCUCUGACGGGAACACUUGACACUCCAGCUGUCCUAUCUAUCGCCUCCCUCCCUCCAUCUACUCCACUCUCCCCACCUUCCCUGCCCUCUUCUCUCCCUCCAGCACGGCCGUGUCGACCCAAACCUCCACCUCCUACGGCGAGGUCCUCCCAGGUCCCUCCUCUACCUCCAUCCACUCCUCCAUCCCUCCCUCCACCUCUCCCUCCUGCCUCCAAACCUCUCCCUCCUGCCUUCAAUCCUCCCCCAUCUCUUCCUCCUCCUCUCUCCCCUACUCCGGUCUCUCCCACUACCCUGAUUUCUCUUCAGCCAACUGUCUCCUCUGAUCCCUCUUUUACUCCUCUUCCUCCUAUAUUAUCUCCAACAACCACAUCCUCUUCCUCAUCGUCACCUCCACCUCAAGUUCCCCCUUUCAAUCCGCCAUCCACACCAACUCCUCCAUUGCUGAGUCCUAUAGAUCGGCUGAUUGGGAGCGCCUCGGUAUGGCAGCCCAAAGGACUCAGCCAGGACCAAACUACAAAUAUAAUGGAGAAAGAGAUGGCUGGGGCGUUCCUGGUUCACAGCAAAGAGGACAAGGGCCUGACACUGUUAGUACGGCUGCCUGAUGAACAGGGACCGCCGCUCAUACACAAGCUGACGGUCAAGCAGCAGAAAAAAUUUGUUCACUUAGACGGUUCCUGUCUGGUUUUUGAUGACAUCUUUAAACUGAUUUCCUUCUACUGCGCCAGCAGGGACAUCCUGGCCAUCCCGCUGAGGUUACCCAAGGCCAUUACCACGGCAACUAAGAGAGAAGAGCUGGAGGUCAUCUCUGCUAUGGGUGCAGAUUUCUGGACAUCUAAUCUGAACCAGCAGGCAAAGAACAACGAUUUGGAUGAGAACCACAGCAGACCUUACUUGUAUGUAAACCCAAUCACUGUGGAGGAGAGCCCCGACAAAGUCCUGAACCACUCCUCUACCUCUAAACCUGAUAUAAUUCCCAAUCAAAACAUCAGCUCCUCCCUGCAGAAUGGAGAAGCCCCACAGAAAGUCAACCCAGAGGUCAAAGGUCCGGCUAAAAUCACGUCUAACCAGGAAAUUAAAUACAAGCGCCCCCCACCUCGACCUCCUAGCCUGGCCUCAGGGUCUGGGAUGGGCCUCCUCUUCUCCUCUGCCUCCUCGCAUCACACUUCAUCUUCUGUAUCUCCAGCAGCUGAGAGAAAAGAAGAAGGAAGGGGAGGAGUAGGAGAGAGAGAAGAAAGGAAGUCAAUGUCAACAUCACCUCCACCGUCGAGGCCUCCUGUACCCCUGCAGAGCCGAGCCGCUCCCCCUCUGCCUCCUGCUCCUCUCCGUCGCACCUCCUCCAGGAAGAGCACUGACCGAGAUGCAGGAGAAGGGAGGGAGAGAGAGAAGGGACAAAAUCCUGCAAAAAGAGUGGAGGGAGGAGAGAGAGGAGAGGAGAAAACAGUAAGUAAAUCAGGUCUGCUUAGUGAGGGUGUUGAACAGGAGAACAAUAGUCAACAUCCGGAGGAGGAGGUAAAGAAGGACACAGAAAAGAGAGAGAAGGAGGAUGAAAAGCAAGAAAAAGAGAUGGUAACAGAUAAAGAGGAUGAUAAACAAAAAUCCAGCUCACAGUGUCCAUCACUAGUGAAGAAACCGACCCGGCCAGUCCCUCCACCGAGGAGGAAACCAUGUACCCCGGAGACACCUGUGUGCCCCAACCAGGCCGGAGGAGGAUCAACCAAUCAGAGUGUUGGUGCUGGUGCUGGGAUGAGAGUGCCCCCUCCCUCCCCAGCACGACGGCCGGAUGUGUCACUGUACUCGCCACAGGGGGGCGCUGUGCUGGGAACCGACCCCGACUCCUGUUCCACCAGCAGCACAGAGGAGGAAGGAGAGGGAAACCAGGAACAGGAGCAAAACCACAAUCGCCCUGCAGGGAGCCGCAGCCCCAAGGUAUCAGUAAGGAGAACCCCCACCACUGUUAUGUUGGACCGAGCCCGCUAUCGCCUGUCCACCGUCCUCACUGGCCUCAUCAGCCAUGACCGCCGCCUCACACAGCGUAUCGUAGAGCUGGCCAGGGACCCUCUGAGCUACUUUGGUAACCUGGUAAAGGAACACCGUACGUUCACCUUGGAGACCAUGUCAAACCACUCUUCCUCCACUGAGCUGUUACAGGAAAUCAGACAGAUGGUGACUCAACUGAAGAGUUACCUCCUACAGAGUACAGAGCUGCAAGCCAUGCUGGAGCCACAACAUCAGUAUGCACAAGACAAACUGGAGGGCAUAGCAGAAGCUGCUCUGUGUAAGAGUGUACUAAAGCCACUGAGGGGGCCAAUUUACCAAAGUCUAGAGGAACUGCACACCAACAACAGCAGUCUGAAACAACUGGCACAGAACCAGUCUGUUGUCCUAGGCAGCACCACCACUGCAUUAGGAAUAACCACUGCCGUCCCUGAGGCCCCUGCUAUGGAGAAGAUCAGCAUCAAACUGAACAAACUCCAUCUGGAGUAUUCUCCCCAGAAAAAGAUCGAGCUGCUGCUGAAGGCCUGCAAGAUUAUCUACGACUCCAUGUCUGUCAGCAGUCCAGGGCGGGCCCAUGGUGCUGAUGACUUCCUGCCUGUAAUGAUGUAUGUCCUGGCUAGAUCCAAUCUGUCCAACCUGCAGAUGGAUGUUGAAUACAUGAUGGAGUUGAUGGACCCAUCAUUAGCACUCGGGGAAGGUUCUUAUUAUCUGACCACCACCUACGGGGCUCUGGAGCACAUUAAGACUUUUGACCAGCAGAGGUCAGCAACGCGGCAGCUCAGCAGAGAGGUUCAGGACUCCAUCCAUCGCUGGGAGAGAAGACGCACACUGAACCAGGAGCGCAUGGCCCAAGGAUCUGUUAGGGACUUUCUGACAGUGUGUUGUCCUGAGAUUGGAACCAACCCAAAAACUCUGGGCGUCCUCCCAACCACGACUAUUGAGCAGCUAGCUGAACAGUGUGCUGCACGCUUUGAAGAAGACUCCUACAUCCUCAGUGUGUAUACAGAUGGUGUUCACCGGCCCCUGGCCCCAACAGAGCUGGCUGUCAGUGUUAAGAACAGCUGUCAACCUGGAUCCUACUGCUUUGUCUAUCACCCCAUCGACCAACCCAACAACAACCAGCCCAGUCGCAGCUGUCCUACUGACCCGCCUCCAGCUCCACCUGCAGAGAGCCUCCUCCCAGCUGUCGAUACUGUAGAGCUGGAGGCAGAAGAGGAGAGUUUGAUUACCUUGUAACAGCUCCAGCAUCACAGUGGUAGCUACUGUAUCACUAUGGUAACUCCAUCAAUGUGGUGACUGCAUCAACAAUGUACUGAUUCAAAAGAAGAAGGAAAAAAAAGUAAGGAAUGUUUAAAUCUCAGGUCUCACUUCAAAUAUUGAUCUAAUUGAAACAGAUUCAUGCAGAAUAUCACAAAAUGUUGAAAGUGAUGAAACAUGUGUAGUAUCUUUUGAAUGAGAUUUAUAUGAGUUUGUGUUUCUGGCUGGUCUGACGUCACAGAAGAGAGCAGUGACCAACGAAAAUGAGAAAACAAAGAGAUAAAAGACAGAUUUGUAAAGGGGUCUGGAACCCCGGGGACUGCAGGAGUUUUUUUUAUGGUUUUAUAAAAUGUAAUUCUAACAUGCACAUAUAUGAUCAUGUUAAUACUGUUUAUACUCUAUGAUACUUUAUGUUACUUUCUCUGGUGCUCAAGACAUCUGCUUCAAACAGGGGUAGACUGUAUGUUAGUCAUUACUUAAGAGGAUGAAUCUGUAAUUUCUUUAUUCACAGUAUUUAGAUCAACUUUACUUUGUGAAAAAACAGCUGCUCAAGCACAUGUUUAAAGGGGUGGAAAGUCCUUUGCAGCAUUUUUUUAUUCAAAGCACAAGUAUAGUAGCCAUAUGGACCUAAAUGUUCAUUUUCAUUACAACAAUCUCCACAUUUGUCUUCUGUAUACUGAUUGUAUUGUAAAUAAACUGGCUUUUACAGUUUGCCAA